AUGUCAACCAGCGACGCAGACGAAUUCAUUCAAGCAUGCAAAAGUGGAGAUUUGCCUCUGGCCCGCAAGUUGUUUCGUCCUUUCACAAUUGAUGAUGAAUGUAGCAAAGGCGGUGAAUGCUCUUUACUGGGCUUGUUUAGAGGACACUUUGAAAUUGUAAAAUUCUUGAUUGAUGAAGGAGCCGAUGUUAAUUUUGAAAAUAUUUUCAAUGAAAACAACGACACGACACAACGUGUGGAAACAGCCCUUCAUGCGGCCGUUGAAGCAAACCAUCCAAAUAUUGUUUCUCUCUUGUGGGAAUUGGAAGAUAUUGAUCCCGACAUUGAAAAUCAUAAUGAAGAAACGGCUCUAGAUCUUGCAAAGAAAUUGAAUUAUCACGAGUGUGAGGAAAUUCUCUCAAAAACAUCAGAAACAAAGAAGAGAAAAAUUUCACAUGACAGCGAUGAUGACGACAAGGAUUCCAAAAGUUCAAAUUCGCCAAUUGAGUUACCCUCUCGUUCGGAUUUUAAAAAGUUUCAAAUUUCUUCCAUGGAUGUUGAAUGGAUAGUCGAACAAGUGAAAAAUAAGAAAGAUUGGAUUCAUAAAUAUCUACUCUUGUGUGAAAAAUGGAAACAAGAAUGUCUGAGUGAUACCAUGAGAAUAUCAGAAGCGAGCGUGGAAGUGGCAUUCAAAAUUCUAGAAGAUUUAAGAAAUGAUUUUUUGGGACUUGUCACUUGUUGUGGUCAUUGCACUAAAAAGAAGAGCCACAAAAAAUCUGAUGAUGAGUGUGACUAUGGCAAUGAUUGUUCAUGUCCUUGCAGUCAUUGUUGUACGAAUAAGGAUUCGGUCGAAAAAGACGUUUGUCUUGUCAAGGACCACUUAAUUCCACUCGAAUUGAGAGAAGAAUUAAGACAAGAAAUUUCCAAGUUAGAAAAUGUAGACGAAUCAAAAAAAGAUUAUCAUCCUGGAAGUAACAAUCAAGUAUUGGAUUUAAUUCACCCAUCCCUUUAUUGUUAUCACUACGCACAUAGUGUGCUCAAAGAAGAUUCUCCAUUUAUUCUCGAAUCAAAUCCAGACAUUUUGUGGAUACCCACUUGGUUCAAAAAGCAACGUACACAGAACACCACUCAUUUUGUGCAACAGAACUCCCAACAUGAAUCAGAUUCAAUCAAGGAUCAAGCUGAGAAACAAAAUCAACACUCAGCAGAAAUUGACUUUGACAUUACCUAUGAAUCCUACAUUAACAAUAUUUGUGAAGUGAAACAAAAGAAUUUGGCAAAUGUCAUUUGCAAAGUGAUGCGUUAUUUCGUACCCAUGUGGGAACAGCAUUACAGUAUUCAUUACAGUCCUUGUGACGUUACCUUUGAUCGCUUUCAAGUCAUUGUCAAAGCAGCCACAAUAGUGGUCCAUCCUGACAAACCCUAUUAUCCUGGAGGCACUUGGCACACAGAAGGAUUGGAUGAGAAUAUUGUUGCCACUGGAAUUUAUUACUAUCACUCGGAAAAUGUGAAAGAAAGUUUUUUGGAUUUUCGUCAAAACUUAACAGAUCGUGAACUGAGAGAUUAUGGAGCUCCAGAGGGCACACUUUCCUUUGAAUUAUUGGGAAGUGUUGAAACAAAACAAGAUCGAUGCAUUGCAUUUCCAAACAUUUUUCAGCAUCGUGUGAAACACUUUUUCCCUCUCGAUCCCACUCGUCCUGCCAUUCGAAAGAUUUUAGUGUUUUUCUUGAUUAAUCCCAAAAAGCCCAUCAUUUCCACAAAUGAUAUUGAUGUUCAGAGAUUGGACUUUUUAUUGAAUCGAUGUAUGGUGUUGUGCAAGAUUUUGCCAUUGGAGAUUAUUUAUAGGCACAUUUUGGAUUUUUUGCCUCACAUGACGUUGGAAGAAGCUCGUGAUUGUCGACUCGAAUUGAUGGAAGGAAGAAAGUACAUGAUUGAAGAAGAAAAUACCGAGUGUGAGAGAAUUUAUGAAAUCAUUGAGAGACCUUAUUCAUUGUGUGAACAUUAA